AUGAUCGAUUUGAUAAUCGUAUCGUCUGACCUAAGACGCUCACUAGAGGAUGUUCGUGUUAAGAUAGGCGUCGAGCUAUCAACCGAUCACCAUCUUGUUGCUGGUACGCUACGUUGUAAGAAAUGCAGUACCAUACGAAGAUCUGGUGGCAGAAGCAGCCAGAGAAUCAGAUGGGCGUUAUGUUCGGUAGACACGAGUGCGAAAUUUCCAAACAGCAUCGUAACUUGGUUUGAACAUAUCCCGGUGAUGACUACCGAUGUGGAAACUGAGUGGCAGCUCUUUAAGUGUGGCAUCUUCGAGGCUGCCGCCGAAUGCUGCGGAUUUAAACGGGUUGGCCCGCCGCUUGGAGUCAAAGAGAAGAAGGCAGUAUUCAAGAAAUGGCUUGGAAACGAAGAGGUUUCUACUAGCGCGCGAUAUGUGGAGGCAGCAAGGCGUCAGCAAAAGCAUUGGGAAGCUGAAGCUGAUUUCUGGGAGAAGUUCGGUGAGUUGUUGGACUAA